AAAAUUCCUCUGCUAGGUAUAAAAAAUGUUUGGAAUGGAGGCUUUGUUACCACAAAAACAAAAGUGAAAAACCAUCACUUCUUAUGUAGGGAUUUAACUGAACCCCAAAAUGCAAAAAGCACAAGUGCACGUUUCUUCAGUUAGCAAUACGUGUGCGUCCGUAAAUGUGACAGGUGCUAGCAACAAUUACGUACCCGAAAGUGCUAUUGAUGGCCAACAGUUCAUGCCGUCUUCAUCAGCCCUCGGCUUGGAAAUAUUGUAUGAAUCAUGUAAACAAGUGUACCCUCACCAACCAAACCCCCUUCAAGUGACAGCAUUCAUAAAAUAUUGGCUUGGUGGCCCAGAUCCAUUAGAUUAUAUAAGUAUGUAUGAUCACCCAGGAAUUCCAGAACUACAUAUACCACCACAUUGGCAUUAUAUUAGUUUUGGAUUAACAGACCUGCAUGGUGAUGGAAGGGUUCAUGAACCUUCAGGUCCAGAAUUUCCUAGUGGUUUUGGUUUCGAGUUAACUUUCCGACUUGCCAAAAAAUCUGGGGAAGCCACAUCACCCCCUACUUGGCCAGCAGCUCUGUUACAAGCCCUAGCCAAGUAUGUUUUCCACACUGGCAAUUCCUUCUUCGCGGGCGACCACGUUUCUUGGCAUUGCCCAUUGGACGGGUCCGAUUUUGAAUGUCGUUUGCAACACAUGCUGCUGGCGGAAGAUCUUCUCUUACCACCGGUACAGGGGCCACUAGGCACCGUAAAGUUUUUGCAAGUCGUCGCUGUGACAGAAGAAGAAUUACAAGUGUCCCAACAUUGGAACGGGACUAGCGUUUUGGAACUUUUGCGAAGAGUUCCUUCUGCGGGAGGCCCUUGGCUGGUUGCCGAUAUGCAGCGUCAGUUAUCACUAUUUGAAUUGCAGCCAUCCUUCCGCCGUGAAGUCGAACAUGGCAUCGAUCGUGAUGGAUGCAGUUUAUCGGGCGUCAGUGCCCGUUGCCACUGGGAGGAGAGGAGAGUCACUUCGAAAACGGGUUCAGCAUGGAGAAGCCCGGAAGAUGAAGAAGAGGAUGACGACUCUAGUAGUCAGGAAGACGAAGAGGAUGAACCGGAAGCAGCAGCCGGAAAAGCGACCCUCGGUCGCCAUCGACCGACGCCUGAUGGUGAACCCACCAACGGCGAAAUCUGGCCAAUUCGACGUCUCUACAAGGGCGUUCAUCUCACUCUCAACUUGGAAGCCGCAUCCCUUUUGCCCGUCGUCCUUCGAGGGAGACUCAGACAUGACCGACAUUUUACCUUUAAAGCUGUGGCGGGUGAAACGGCCGUGACGUUACUGACGGGCAGAGUAGGAGGCGCAUUGGCUUCACCAUCUGCCCCUUUGGUGGCCAAAGGUCCUUGGCUUCAAAUCCUCGUCGACUCCGAGUGGUUAGCCAAACUCGAAUCGGAUCUGGCGUGUCUCCAGCAACCGGAUGGGUUGGUGGUGCCGAAAACCUUUUGCUGGUUUGACCGACAGAUGGCGUUGACGGUAGUCCCGGACGAAUUAUGACAGCCGUAUCUUGCCUGUCUACAAGUUUUUUUUUUUUUUUUUUUUUGUUUAAUAUUGUUUUUCUUUUUCCGACCCUUUUUUUCCUGUCUUUCUUUAUCUUUUCUUUCUCUUCUCUUUCUUUUUACAAUUGUAAACUGUAACCACGUGCCUUUAUUAUUAUUCCUCGUGCUCGCGUUAUUAUUCACGCGUGGAAAAAGAACCUGACCUGCGUGAAUCUCCCUUUUUUUAACCGUCUUUCUCAACUAGGCGAUGUUGACGGAAGCUGCGUGUUUGCUGCAAUUAUAAUGACGUUGAAAACUU